UAUCCGCGCGAGUGCGUUCGAGGGGGGGAGGGAUGUCGUGGUAGGAACGUUCCGUAUGACAUUAUUCGACUCGCAUAAGAACAAGAACGGUGUUUUGAGGAAGGGGGGGAGGGAGUAUCAUCAAACUCACGUUCGUCUCGUGUUUGUCUCGGCUCCAGCUUCUACGCGAGCGACUUCUCCCUGGUGUCGUGCAACUCGUUAGUCCCGGUCGAUUAUAGCAAUGGCAACCCCGAAAGUGUGGGCGAAGAUACAACCCCUGGAAACUCCUGUCAAUCUACUAGACAUCACGACGGAACAAUUGGCCGCUAAGCAGGAGAGGGAGCUGAAGAAAUAUUUCAACGAGGACAACACCAAUCCGGCGGACGAGACGUUUGGAGAAACUUAUGAUGCAACUGACACUGACAACGAUGCAGUAAUAGCACACAUGUUACAAUGUCAAUUCAAUCACGAGUACGACUCGAUGUUGAAGCGUACGGAGGACAAGUUCAAUCGUGACUCAAAAGUGAGCAUCUCGUUCAGCAAUUACCGGAGCUCCCUAUACGAAGCCAAGGAUGAAGAUAACGUGGAUUCCAACGUGGACGACAGUAACAGGGACUUCGAUCGUUUUGUCAGCAUAGAAAAGGAGUACGCCUCGAUACCGCGCUGUGGUUACAAAAAGGGAAACGAUUCGCAGAUCGUUACGAAGCACGACAUCCUAAUGUCUUCCAGGAUCAACGCUUGCCGAGUGUUACAAUUCCCGCCGGGAAUCGACACGGGAGACACGGGUGGUUUCGAUGUCAAGCUGAACAACAAAGUGUACAACACCUUGCGCGCUUAUAGUCGCGCGCAAUGCUCCAAGGAGAGAGCAAAAGUCUCGCCAAAAUCUAAAACCCAUUCAAAAUAAAAUGUCAGUGCCCGGCACGAUUUCUUCCUGAUAAAUAGUAUUCCGUACCUCGUUAACGCGCGAUCUCUUUGAGUCUUAUUUUUGUCAAAUUGCUUUGUAUUGAUUAAUCAGUUGGGAGUAUUUUAGAUUACUUUUAAAAAUCAUGUCAUAUCACUAAAUAUCAGUUUUCUACGUUAAUAAUAACGGACACUUGUCUAGGACUCAAAUACUAAUAAACAUCGCUAACGGCGUACGGAAUAUCUCAACAUUGUUAUAUUUAUGCCUACUUGUUGUAAAUACGUCAGGGUACUUGCAUUAUAUGACGAAAUGAUGAGUUUGUACAUAAUUCAGUUAAAUGUACAUUAUAUAAAAUUCCAAAAAAAUAAAUCUUGCAACUGGGAA